AUGGAGUAUUUAUUUAGGUAUAAUCCAGGAGAUGUGUUAAUGGUAUUACCAGAGAAUUUAAUUAAUUCAUUAGAAAUGGCUAAAAAUGUUUUGAUCAAAUGUAAAAAUCUUUGGGAUUUACCUAUGUCAAUUUGUAGAAGUAGUUCAAAUGUUCCAAUAUCACCUCAAUUUCAUUGGUUGUGGCGUAAUGGCUCUCAAUGCUUUGUUUGCUUGUUGGGUGUUGGGUUUUGUGGUGUAAGGGUUGUAGCCUCCCAAAGCUUGACUCUCUCUGCUUUGUUUCAAUAUUAUUUUGAUCUUCAAUGCAUCCCCAAAAGAAGUUUUAUUAAAAAAUUUGCUUCAAUAGCAGAAGAUGAACUUGAAAAAGAGCGAUUGUUGGAAUUAUGUUCUCCUGAAGGAAUUGAUGAUUAUUAUGAAUAUUGUAUUUAUUCAAAACGUUCAAUAUGCGAAUUUUUGAGAGAUUUUCCGCAAACUUCAGCAUUAUUAACAAUUGGACAUUUUCUCGAUUUUUUCCCUAUAAUUCGUUCAAGAGCUUUUAGUAUAGCUUCAUCUCCAAGUGGGCAUUUAAAUGAAAUUCAAAUACUUGUUGCUAAAGUUAAAUAUAAUAUUAGAAGAAUAAAAACGCCAAGGUUUGGUUUGUGCAGCAACUUUUUAUGUUCAACAAAUCCAGGCCAUCAAGUUUAUGCACGUAUUAGUCCAGGAAUAUUUAAAUAUGAUAAAGAACAAGUUACUCCAUAUAUUUUAAUUGGACCUGGAACUGGUGUUGCUCCUUUUCGUUCAAUGAUUGUUGAAAAUGAAUUUAAUAGAAAAUGCCCAAUUACUCUAUUCUUUGGUUGUCGAAAUGAAGCAAUGGAUUUUUAUUUUAAAGAUGAAUGGUCAAAUUAUAAAAAUUUAAAUUUAUUUACUGCAUUUUCUCGUGAUCAGGAGGAGAAGAUUUAUGUUCAGCACAAAAUAAGUGAAAAUCCAAAGGAAUUGUGGAAUUUAAUAAAUUGUGGAGGAGCAAAAAUAUUCAUAGCGGGUAGUGCUGGUGAUAUGCCAAAACAAGUAAUUAAUUCAUUUAAACAAGUGUUUAUUCAAGAGGGAAAAAUGUCUGCUGAAGAAGCUGAUAAAUUUGUGGAAUUAAUGGAAAAGAAAAAAUUAAUUCAAUAUGAGACGUGGAGUUGA